UCUGCAUCUCCCUCCCCCAACGGGAGAGAAGUCGGAAAAAAAGACACCAAAAAACAAGCGCUAAACCCAACAAAAUACCCAUAUCCACAAUGACCAGACCCACAACACCAACACCAACACCAACACCCGCUAAUAAUCCCCACCCCGUCCGCGUUGCCAUCAUCGGCGGGGGCAUCGCGGGCGUUACGCUCCUGCUAGCUCUCCUCAAUCAUACAACCCGCGAGAUCCUCAUCCCGCAUCUCUACAAAGCGACGCCCGAAUUUUCCGAGAUCGGGGCCGGGAUCGCCUUCGGGUUGAACUCCAUGCGCGCGAUGGAAUUCAUCGAUCGCGACAUGGUCGCCGCGUACAGCAAGCACGCUACCUUCCAGCCGGACUCCGGCGCCCGGGAGACGAAGCUCUGGUCGAGCUAUCGAAUGGGCAUGGACGGGCAGGACCGCCCGAAGAAUGCCCUCAAGGAGGGGGAUUAUAUCCAUGAGGUGCAUGCGGCGGUCGCGCGGAGUAGUGUGCAUCGGGCGCGCUUUCUCGAGGCCAUGACGGCACUGCUUCCGGCGGAGGGGGAUUAUGUGAGUUUUGCGAGGAGGUUGGUGGCAAUUGAGGAGACUGGGAAUGAGGAUGGGGGUGGGGAUGGGACUGCCACGGUGAGAUUUGCGGAUGGGACGCAGGUGGUGGUUGAUGCGGUGAUCGGGUGUGAUGGGGUCAUGUCGCGCGUGCGACAGAUUCUCCUGCAUUGGGAGGAGGAGGCCGAUGCGGUGUUUAGUGGCAAGUAUGCGUAUCGGGGCCUGAUUCCCAUGGAGGAAGCUGUUGAGGCGCUGGGCGAGUAUACGGCGCGGAAUAACCAUUUUUUUGGGGCAUGGCAAGACGAUGAAUGUGGUUGCGUUUCACACGAAGAAGGAUGGGCUUUGGGAACACGGCUCGCAAGCAUAUGCAUUCCGGGCGAUGCGGCGCAUGCGAGCACCCCCCAUCAGGGGGCGGGGGUAGGGAUGGCGUUUGAGGAUGUCUGUGUUCUGUCGAGGCUGUUGGGCGAGGUCAAGGAGAAGAGGGAUCUGGAGAGGGCUUUCAGGGCUUAUGAUGCCGUGCGCAGGUCGAGGACGCAGAGGUUGGUCAUCACUAGUCGGGAUGCCGGGCCGCUGUAUCAGUGCCAGAAGGAGGAUGUGUUUGAUGAUGUUGAGAAGUUCCGGGAGGAUCUGGACGAGAGGAUGUGGUGGAUUUGGGACUUGGAUCUGGAGGCUCAUCUCGAGGAAGCAUUGAGUUCAAGCAUCGACCAAGAGAACACAAUAUGCCUGACCAGGAAGAAAGCGUGUGUUCAAAGAGCACCCCAGUGGGUAGGCGUCGUGCGAAGCCCCAACCAUCCUGUAACCUGUGUACACGACGCAAUAUAUGCUCGAAACGAGGACUCGACAGGCUAUGGUAGCAUGGACUUGAACGGCUCGGGGAGUUCUAGUUACGCCAAUGCCAUUCACUGGGUCGCCACCCUCAACUGGAUCACUUCAAGGCGGAGGAAAACCAGCACACACUCGCCGCAUCUCCGAUCCACCUUAUGCAGGGGCCUGUCCCCAGUGGGACUCAGUCGGCGUGUCUCUUCGACGGUAAAUCACGAUUUCCUCCUCACGAAUCGGAAACUUUGCUCCUAUCGGCAGCAGGGUGGCCACUACAAGGGUGAAGAACUGGCGGAUUAA